UCCGUUUGUAAAACAGCAGGGCUGGAGUCUGCAGGAUUAAGGAAGCCUGGGAGGCGCAGAAUUUCCAGCGUUUUCACCUUAGAGCCAGCCUCGCCAGGGCCAAACCACCCAGUAGCCUGACUGCCAGCAGCCUCGGCAGGGAGGAAUAAAAUUUUUUCAUCUAUAAUUCAGAAGCUAAGUAAAUAACAAAAUGAAGCCAGUAAAGCAUCUGUUGGCAUCUAGUAGUAAAUUGGCAAAUGUUCCAGAAUUAACAUAUAAAAAAGGAGUAUUUAAUUCACCAUUGUCGCCUAAACCAAAAGAAAAACAUAGUACAAAAUUAGUACGUGAUAAACUUGAACCAGUGGUCUUAAGAUCUCCACCAACAGGGGAAUCCAUCAUAAGGUAUGCUUUGCCCAUUCCAUCAAGUAAGACAAAGGAGUUAAUAGCAGAAGAUGAAUUGAUCAGGAAAAUUACCAAACAUCUGAAGAUGGUUGUUUCUACUUUGGAAGAAACCUAUGGAUUUAGCAUUCCAAAUGGAGAAGAACCAGUUGUGAAGCCUGUACAUGAAGGAUUAACCUUUCCUGUUGGGGAUGAUCUGAAUUCAUUCUUGGUAUGUUGUUCACAAUUUGCAGCUCAGUUAGAAGCAGCAGCUAAGGAAGAACGUAAUAUUUUGGAAUCUCUUUUUAAGUGGUUUCAGCGACAGGUCAAUCAGAUGGAAGAGAUAAGUAAAGAUCAAACUUUAUCAGCAGAGUUUCCAGCACCUGAUAAAACAGUCAGUUUAAGCAUUGCACAAAUAGUAAAGCAGGUGCACAAACUUGAAGAACUGAAAAAUCGCCUUAAAGAAGGGUCUAAAUUCUCCUUCAAAGACAUGUCAUCUAAACCCAAGGAUAGUGAAAUUGCACCAGAAGAAGUGCAAACUUAUGAAGCUGUACAGCAGAAAAUUGAAGAAUUCAUAAAAACACACUCAACUGAAGAAAUUACAGGUGUUUCUGCGACUGAGCCAUUAGAAACUUCUACAAUGACUAAUCGAUUGAAUACCAUGUUGAAAAUAUUUGAAAAUCAGGCAAAUAAAUUAGAGAGAGCUAUGAAUGAGCAAGUUUUGUUAGAGGCUAAAAACACACAGUUUCAAAGUGACCUCCAAGUGUUGUCAGAGGAGAAACUGAUGCUGGAAAAUGAACUACAAAAGUUGAAGAGUACAGAGAAAACAAAGGCUACAAGUGAGCGACGAAAGAAAACUAUGAAAAUGGAGAAGAAAAAAGACGAAGGACUAUCUGAAGAUUCAGAAGAGAAGAAGUCUAUAGUGAAAGAGCUUAAAGUAAAAGAAGAUAUGCCUCAAGUCCAGAAAGUAACACAUGCUCUGAAAAUUGAGAACAGAGUUCUUCGGGAACAACUGAAACAAGCUUUACAGGAAGCUGAAAGAGCUAAGGAGCAACUUGGCUAUUUCCAAAAUCAAGAAAUGGAGUUACUUAAAAGUGAGGGAAAGACCAAGACAACAGAAAUGGGUAUUGAUAAAAUAGAAGUUAAAGGUGAAGAUUCAAAAUAUAUACCAUUGGAGAAAGACACAAGAAAAACACUAGUGGCAGAUUCAGGUGGACAAAAAAAAAAUGAUAAAAUUAAACAUCCACAGAUCCUCAAGUCUCAAGAUGGAUCACCUUUUUUAAACACUUCAAAUGAAGUUUUAACUGAUGAAGAUCUGUCCUAUCUACUUUCGUCAAAGACCCAUGAUAAAUCACUUACAAGAAUAUUAUUGAGCAAAGAAAUUCAAGAUUCACAGUCUGUUGGAACAUUGCUUCAAGGGAAUGAAACAGUGACAGCAUCAUUCAUUUCACCCCCUGUUGUUAAAAUAAAGACUCUGGGUACUGACAUCUCAAAGGCUGAUAUUUUAGAAGAGAAUUUACGAAGUAAGAUUAAAAAACAAACUUACGAAGAAGCAAGAGAAUUUCAAGAUGUGGAACCCGCAGAUACAGAGGACCAGCUGUACUUAGAGAAAUAUCAUUCCUCCUGUACUCCCCAGUCCUCCUGUCACCCCCUUGAAGCUCCUGAUAAAGAAUCAGAUGAAAAUCUUCUGCUUGAGAAUGAAGCAGUGCCAAAAACUAACACACAAAUGUUGAAACUAAGAACUUCUAGAACAAAUAGACGCAAUGCAUUUCUUAUAACUCAGCCAAAGGAUAUGCUGUCUAUUCAAGAUCAAUUGCCUGAGGACAUAGCUUUAAUUUUAAAAGGCCAGUCUCAAAUUAAUGAUGGAGCUACAGGAAGUGACAGUUUUGAUAAUUAUGAUGAAGCAUCAGAUGAAAAGCUUAUGCUUAACCAUCAGGAUUCAGUGUCAAAAACCCAAACACAAGUAAAGAAACAAAGAACUCUCAAAAGGGAAAGACUCUCUACUCAUGAUAUAGUACCAGAUAAAAAGCUUAUGCAUGAGAAUCAAGGUUCAGUGUCAAAAAUCCAACAGCAAGUAAAGAAAGAAAGAAAUCUCAGAAGGGAAGGACACACUACUCAGUUUGAAGUACCAGAUGGAAAUCUUCUCUAUGAGGAUCAAGACUCAAUAUCAAAAACAAAAAUGCAAGUAAAUACACAAAGAACAUUCAAAGCUCAUCAUAAAGUACCAGAUGAAAAUCCUGUGCUUGAGCAUGGAGACUCAAUGUCAGAAACUCAACUGGAAGUAAAGAAACAAAGACCUUCUAAAGGAGAAAGACUCAAUACUCAUGAUAAAGCAUCAGAUGAAAAUCUUAUGCGUGAGCAUCAAGAACCAAUGUCAAAAACCCAAAUGCAACUAAAGAAACAAAGAGAGAAAAGACAAACUCAGGAUGAAGUACCAGAUGGAAAUCAUAUGCUUGAGCAUCAAGAUUCAGUGUCAGAAUCAGAGAUUCAAGUGAAGAAACAAAGCCCUCACAAAGGGGAAAGACAUAUUACUCAUGAUGAUGCACCAGACAAAAAUCCUAUGCUUAAAGAUCAAGAGUCAGUGUCAAAACUCCCCAUGCAAGUACAAAAACAAAUAACUUCCAGAGGAGGACAACACAGUACUCAGAAAGCAGAAGACGUAUUACCCGAGGAUGAAGCUGAAUUGUCAAAAAGCCAAUCUCAAACUAAGAAACUUAGAGCUGUCAGAAUGAAAGCACUAAAUAUUAAAAAUGAAGCAGCCUCAGAACAUCCAGAUACAGCAGAAAAUCUUCCAGCAGUGAAUCCAUCAGUUAAUGACCUAAUAUUUCAAUUAGGUUUAAACAAAGUGGUAGAAAUUGAUCUAGAACACUUGAAAGAUACUGUUGGAAGACGUUUAUUAAUGGCAGAAAUGAAGAUACAACCAAAGAGUGUCCCUCACACUGAUACAGAGAGCUUUCCAGAUGCUAUUGGAAGAGGUAUAAUAAAGGGUGAAAUCAAGACACAAUCCAAGAGUCAUCCUGAGACUGGUAUAGAACGCAUGAGAGAUACUGUUGGAAGAGAAAAAGCAGUUGGUGAAAUCAAGACACAUCAUCAGAGUCACCCUGAGACUGAUACAGAACGCUUCCCAAAUGUUGUUGGAAGAAGUAUUAUGAAGGGUGAAUUCAAGACACAACCCAAGAGUCGUCUUGGGACUAAUGUAGAAGGCUUGACAGAUAAAACGAGAAGAGGUGUAAUAAAGGGACAAUUCAAGAUACAAUCAAUGAAUCUCCCUGACACUGAUACAGAGCGCUUCCCAGAUGCUGCUGGAAAAGGUAUAAUAAAAGGUGAAAUCAAGACACAAUCCAAGAGUUAUCCUGAGACUGAUACAGAACGCAUGACAGAUACUGUUGGAAGAGAAAAAACAAUUGAUGAACUCAAGAAACAUCAUCAGAGUCACCCUGGUAUGAGUUUAUUUAAAAACAAAAAUGCAUUCUCACAUCAAGAAGAUUUCUACGCCAGGCACAUUGCACCAAGUAAAUAUAAAACAAAAGUGAUUAAUUUAUCACCCUUUGAUGAUGAAGUCCCAGGCAAGGUCAAUAGAAGGAGUCAGCAUGAGGGGCAUCGAAAAAAUUUGACCUUAAACAAAAAGAAAGGGGAACUUGAUACUCUGCCUGCUGUGAUCGCUACAGCUAGAAAACCUAUCUAUAAAGUGCCAUAUACUGCUACCCGAAAAUCUCUACCCCGCCCAUACUUUUGAGAAUAAAUUAAUUCUGGGCAAAAUAAAUAACAUGAGCAAACUCGUCGAGACAGCAAUGAAAUUGCAAGAGUGGAAGCCUUAUGAAAAUAACACUGCCUUGAGUGGAUGCUGCUUAUUGAACAAUAAUGAGAAAGAUCCUGAAUAAACAGGGUAGACCCAGAUCAUAGAGGUAGUAAAAAAGAAGUACAACUUACAUGGCAAGAAGAAAUCAUCAAUUGAGUGAGCAUAAAGUAUCAGUCAAGAGAAAAUAAAUGGAGGAAUUCUUCACUAAUUACUGAUUAUUUUCUGAAACUGUGAAAGGUCCCAGAGAACUCUUCUUUACCAUGUGGAACAAAUUUGAAGCUAAGAUAAAAGCCUCUGUUGCUGAUGUUAAGAAAGGAGAUCUCUGUUGAAGUUCCAACUUGCUUCUAUUCACUCAUGGCCCUGUAAUGCCUUCUGGAGUACAGGCUACCAAUUCUGAAUAUACGUGUAUACUGGGGUUGAACAAAUAAAUACAGGAAUGAUGGAAUGUAAGAGCCAGGUUUCUCAGUGCUGGAGAGAGAAAUUAUAGCAGCAUUAUUCCACAAUAGCCAAAAGAUAGAAGCAGUCCAAGUCUCCAACAAUGGAUGAAUGCAUAAAGAAAAUGAUACAUGUACAUACAAUGUAAUAUUAUUCAGCCUGAAAAAUGAAGGAAAUUCUGACAC